AUGCCUUUCUUCAACGAGAGCAUUCUCCACCCUGCAGUCUUCUUCCUUACUGGCAUCCCUGGUCUUGAGACCUCUCACACCUGGAUCUCCAUCCCAUUCUGUUGUCUCUAUGCCAUUGCCAUCUCUGGGAAUGGCAUGAUACUGUUUGUAAUUGUUACUGAGUCAAGCCUCCAUGAACCCAUGUACUAUUUCCUCUCCAUGCUAUCCUUUACGGACCUAGGUCUGUGUCUUUCUACGUUGGUCACCAUGCUGGGUAUUUUCUGGUUCAAUGCUCGAGAAAUCAGCUUUGAUGCCUGCAUUGGCCAAAUGUUCUUUAUCCAUGGCUUUACAUUCAUGGAGUCGUCAGUACUCCUGGCAAUGGCCUUUGACCGCUUCAUUGCCAUCUGUAACCCACUGAAGUAUGCCAUGAUCUUAACGAAUCCACGGAUCAUCAAAGUGGGCUUUGCAAUCAUUAUUAGGGGGACAACAGCUCUAGUGCCUUUACUCCUGCUCCUUAAGCAUCUGUCCUUCUGCCGCAGCCACGUGCUCCAUCAUUCCUAUUGCUUCCACCCUGAUGUGAUGAAGCUCUCAUGCACAGACACCAGGAUCAACAGUGCAUUUGGCCUGGCUAUUGUCAUCUCUACUGCUGGCUUGGACUCUGUCUUGAUCCUCCUUUCCUAUGUUCUGAUCAUCCGCUCUGUGCUUGGCAUAGCCUCCCCAGAGGAGCGGAAAAAGGCAUUUGGUACCUGUGUCUCUCACAUAAGUGCUGUUGCCAUCUUCUACAUCCCCAUGAUCAGCCUGUCACUGGUGCACAGAUUUGGGAAGCAUGCACCUCCCUUUGUACACACGCUCACUGCCAAUGUUUAUUUGCUUAUCCCCCCUGUAAUGAAUCCCAUAAUCUACAGUGUGAAAACCAAGCAAAUCCGCAAGGCUGUCAUCAAAGUAUUUCUUUCUAAGCUAAUUUAG